AUGGCGGCGGGCUUCUUCAUCAGCAGGACCGUGGGCAUCGUGGCCAUUGUGCUGGCCGUGGGGGCCAUGGCCACCAUCAUCGCGCUCUCGGUGGUGUACGCCCAGGAGAAGAACAAGCAUACAGGUUCUGGCACCGACGACACCACCACCACGGCCGCCCCCACCGCCACGGCCACCCCCACCGCCACGGCUGCCCCUAAUGCCACGACCACGACCACGACCACCCCCGCCACGACCACGACCACCCCCACCACCACCGCCACCUCCACCGCCGACCCCAGCAAACCCUGGAACCAGUGGAGGCUGCCAACGACGCUGAUGCCGGAUUACUACGAGGUGACCCUGCAGCCCUUCCUGACGCCCGAUGUCAACAACAUGUACCUCUUCAAGGGCAACAGCAGCGUGGUCUUCGUUUGCAUGCAAGACACCGACCUCAUCAUCAUCCACAGCAACAAGCUGAACUACACCAUGCAGGGGUCCUUCCAUGUCUCGCUGGAGGCGGAGAAUGGUGUCAUGGAGCAGCCCGCCAUCUCCGACACCUGGCUGGAGACCACCACUCAGUACCUGGUGGUGCAGCUGAAUCGUCCGCUGAGGAAGGGCCAGCGCUACCGGCUCUUCAGCAUCUUCACAGGGGAGCUGGCUGACGACCUGGCCGGCUUCUACCGCAGCGAAUAUGUGGAUGAGUUGGGUGCCAAGAAGGUGGUGGCCACCACGCAGAUGCAGGCAGCGGACGCACGGAAAGCCUUCCCCUGCUUCGAUGAGCCGGCCAUGAAAGCCAACUUCACGGUGACGCUGAUCCACCCCUCCGACCACAGGGCCAUUUCCAACAUGCCCGUCGAGAGCACCCAGGAGCAGAAGAUUGAUGGGAAGAGCUGGAAUGUCACCGUGUUUGAGACCACCCCCAAAAUGUCCACCUACCUGCUGGCCUUCAUCGUCAGCCAGUUCGACUAUGUGCAAAACGACUCAGAGAACGUGCUGAUCCGCAUCUGGGGCCGCCCCAAGGCCAUCGCCGAGGGCCAGGGCAACUACGCGCUCCAGGUGACCGGCCCCAUCCUCAACUUCUUCGAGAGGCACUACAACACGGCGUACCCGCUGCCCAAGUCUGACCAGGUCGGCCUCCCCGACUUCAACGCGGGCGCGAUGGAGAACUGGGGGCUGGUGACCUACCGGGAGAACUCUCUGCUCUUCGACAAUGCCUACUCCUCCAUUGGCAACAAGGAGCGGGUGGUGACCGUCAUCGCCCACGAGCUGGCCCAUCAGUGGUUCGGGAACCUGGUGACGCUGCGGUGGUGGAAUGACCUGUGGCUGAACGAGGGCUUCGCCUCCUACGUGGAGUACCUGGGCGCCGACUCGGCAGAACCCUCCUGGGACAUCAAAGACCUGAUGGUGCUGAAUGAGGUGUAUACGGUGAUGGCGACGGAUGCCCUGACCACCUCCCACCCGCUUACCUUCCGCGAGGACGAGAUCAACACCCCAGCCCAGAUCAGCGAGGUCUUUGACAGCAUCGCCUACAGCAAGGGAGCGUCGGUGCUGCGGAUGCUCUCUGACUUCAUCAGUGAGGACGUGUUCAAGAAGGGGCUGCAGUCCUACCUCCACACCUUUGCCUAUGGAAACACCGUCUACACGGACCUCUGGGCUCAUUUGCAAGAGGCUGUCGUGGAGAGCAAUGUCUCGCUGCCCAGCUCCAUCAGCAACAUCAUGGACAGAUGGACGCUGCAGAUGGGCUUCCCUGUGGUGACCGUCAACACCCUGGACGGCACCGUCACCCAGAACCACUUCCUCUACACCUGGAUCGUCCCCAUCACCUGGAUGACGGACAAGGCUUCUGGGGACAGGUACUGGCUGACCACAAGCUCAGGCGCCCGCCGGGGCGAGGGGGACCAGCGGGGUCAGCGCCCUGGGAGCGGGCAGCGGCUGCGGGGCCGGGGACCUGACGCCGCCCUCACCCCUCGCAGGGCCAAGUACAUCAAUGUGACCGUGGCCUUGCGCACCACGCGGUUCCUGAGCAAGGAGACGGCGUACAUGCCCUGGGAGGCGGCGCUCAACAACCUCCAUUACUUCCAGCUGAUGUUUGAUCGCAGUGAGGUCUUCGGGGUGAUGACGAAAUACAUACAGAAACAGGUGACGCCCCUCUUCAACCACUACAAGAACAUCACCAAUAACUGGGGCACCAUCCCCAGUGGCCUGAUGAACCAGUACAACGAGAUCAAUGCCAUCAGCACAGCCUGCUCCUACGGCAUCCCUGAGUGCCAGGAGCUGGCCACCAAAUACUUCCGCCAGUGGAAGGAAAACGUCAUCCAGAACCCCAUCCCCCCGAACCUGCGCUCCGCCAUCUACUGCAGCAUCGUCGCCACGGGCGGGGAGGAGGCCUGGGACUUCAUCUGGGAGCGGUUAAAAAAGGCCAUCGUCGUGUCCGAGGCUGACAAGCUCCGCACGGCCCUCUCCUGCAGCCCCCACCCUUGGAUCCUUAACCGGUACCUGCAGUACACCCUGGACCCCAACAAGAUCCGAAAGCAGGACGCCACCGCCACCAUCAACAGCAUCGCCAGCAACGUGGUGGGGCAGCCCCUGGCCUGGGACUUCAUCCGCGGCAACUGGAGGACAAUCUUCGGCCAGUAUGGGGGCGGCUCCUUCUCCUUCUCCCGGCUGAUUUUAUCAGUGACCCAGAGGUUUUCCACGGAAUUUGAACUUGAGCAGCUGAUGCAGUUCAAGGCAGACAACCAGGACAUCGGCUUCGGGUCGGGGACGCGGGCGCUGGAGCAGGCACUGGAGCGGACCCGUGCCAACAUCGAAUGGGUGAAGGAGAACAAGAAGACGGUGCUAGCCUGGUUCCAGGGCGAGACCGCCGCCAGCUAA